AUGAAGCGGGCUCGUGACGUGUUGCCCGUUGACACCUUGCAGAAAAGUGGCAACACGCGCCCCGAAGCCGAGCUGGAGUGCUGGGACGUGAGCUUGCUCUCCUCUGCUGGGCGGCCAGUGAAGCCGGGACGGCCCCUUGCAUACAUGCUGCAGCUGGGCGCGAGUUUGCAAGCACGUGCAAAGUGUUUCCUGUGUGGCAGACGGCAACACCCAGCCUGCAGUCACGAGCAGAGACGAGAGGACGCGCGGCACAUGCACAUCUUUCGCACUGAGCCCGUGUCAGCGCCAGCCUUGCAUACCUGGCUUGCAACGCCCACCACGGUCAUUCCUGUCAGGCCAGACACGGUUGCUGUGCUUGCCGUGCCAUUUGCAUUCCGAAGAUUUUUGGCCCCAGUGAAUUGCUUCAGUGAUGAGAGGGCUCUCGACGACGUCGAAUUGCUCACCUGA